AUGUCAUCGUCUAAUGGGAAAAGUAUCGAAGAAAAAUCAAAAGAAGAAAAUAUGAAGAUUGAAAAGAAGCAAAUAAUUACAAAGGAUCCAGAACAAAUGACGAAAUUCGGCGAAUCGUUAUCAACGUGUUCGGACGUAGAAUGGGAUAGAGCUGAUCCAGCUUAUGCAUCUGAACUUAUCAAUGUGAAGAAAAAGCCU